AUUCGCCGCUGCUGUGCCGCUCAAUUACCAGCGACGCCAUGGAUAGGCUGGGCUCCCGGUGUCCUCUGCCAGGCUACCCUCGGCCCUCUGUCCUUCUGUGCCUCCUGAUCCUGACAGCUUCUUUCCUGACUUACCCCAUGCUCAGGACCCUUAGCCUGCAGCUCCAUUCAGCUGUCACUGGCAGUUAUGUCUCCGGCACUUACUCCAUCGUCUUUGUCAACUGUCCCAACGAGCAAAUUGCCAGAGAUAUUGCCAGGGCUAUACUGGAUAAGAAGCUGGCUGCCUCCGUGAACAUCCUGCCCAAGGCAUCCUCAUUGUACUUUUGGAAUGGAGAAAUAGAAGAAGCCACUGAGAUCCUGUUGUUAAUAAAGACAAAGACUUCCAAGGUCCACAUGCUAUCCAGCUAUGUCAGGUUGGUGCAUCCUUUUGAGAUCCCAGAGGUCUUCAGUCUUCCCAUGGACCAAGGAGAUGUGCACUAUUUGAAGUGGCUGGAGGAGGGCAUGGAGGAGGACUGAGCGGGGCGGCCUUCUGUGGAUCCUGCUGGCUGCCGCUAGCCUUCAUCAGCUGCACGCUGGGCCUCCCAGCAUCUCUGGAUUCCUUGUUUUUGUCAGCGCAGAGGAGCUAAGUAACUUGUGGAGGAUGAAGGGCCGAGGCUCCUGAGGCUAGAAGAGGAUGCUGGGCCAGUCCAGGCCAAGCAAGAACCCAGUGGAACUUGUCUCUGAGUACUUCCUGCUAAUAGGUGGCCAGGGGAUGAGGGCACGGAGGGUUGUGUGUAGGGGACAAGGGGAGGUGGCAGGGAGGGUGAGAUUUGUCAUCGGCAGCUGUCACUGGGCUACCUCAAGUGUCGGGUGGAAUUACUCUCCUGGUUUUCAGGAGGAGAAAUAGACCUGGUGAUCUGUUUACCUAGAAGUGUGCGGGUUGAAGGUCACCUUCUGGAGGAACUGGCAAGCACUUUAUUCAAAAGGAUGGAUUGUGAAUGGUGCAAUUUCAGGGACAAGCAAGAUUCUCUCUCCUAGCUGAGGGUGGCACUUGUUAUUCCUGAGGCCUGAGUAGUGGGUCCGGGAAUGAGCUUCAGGAGUGUGUGUAGGAGUGGGGAGAUAUUAGCGCUUAGACACAGCUCAUGGGUUGGGAAUAGGUCUAGACCUUCCUAGCCUGAAUAUGACCGGCAUCAGGAGGUUCUGGUGCCUUGCUCAGUGGAGCACUGAAACUGAGCAUCCUAAAGCAGAAAGAACCCUGGGGAACUUCCAGACCAGUGUUUCUCAGACUUGCCCACAGAGCCCAGAGGUUGACAGGAGGCAUGGGGACUGCCUGCCCCUCUCCGCCACCUUCAGCCAGUGCAACUGAACUGUGUUUUUUUUUUUUUAAUGUAUUGAGUUCUCAUGAGAUUUGUGGAGCUUUUAAAAAAGUUUUCUUUGUCAAAAGUUGUAAACCAGUGGUCUAAGCCCAUCUCCACUUUAUAGGUUAAGUAGAGGAAAUUGAACUGCACUGAGGUCCAGGGAGUGGCGUGAUGUUAUAAUGGGACAGCCAGACUGCCUGCCGUGUCUGGUGUGCUCCUAUCCCUGCUCCUCCAGGUGGAAGAGGGCAUGGAAGGCCGAACCCCCAACUCAUUCUAAACUUGAUGCUUUUUACUGCCUCUUCCAAAGAGGUUGGAAAAUAUCCUUUUGUAGACCAAAGACCCAGAGAGCCUGCUGCAGCCUAUUCUAAAGGAAGUUUUUAGUUCUUCAUCUAUGUGGUAAGUGGGCCUGGGACUUAAGAACAUAUUGCAUUGCUUAAUCCUACCCACUGAUCUGGAGGUAGGUGAGAGUAUCUUUAUUCUGAACAUAAGAUGAUAGAUUUAGAGUUCAGUGAUUUUUAGGGUCUGCAUGACUCCAACUUGCAUGGUUUGGCCUCUACCACAGUUCUCCCCGAAUGGUGCUGUGGAGCCGGGGCCGGGACCUAGACCAGUGUUUCCACGUGGGAUGCCUUCCCAGCAUUUCUCAGGACAUGUAUGUGUUUUGAAUCGGGAAUCUCUAGAAAAAUCAGUUCAGUGAAUACGGAGGCCUAAAAGCAUAGAGACAUUACUGGUUUGAAGGAAUCCAUCAAAUAAAAAAAUAAGAGCAAGACACGCCAGCAUGCGGAGCCGAAGGUUAGGAGAAGCAGUGCAGGAGCAUGUCGGAGAUGGCUACUGUCUAAUCAGUCUUGCUUGUGAUUGUUGUGUCAUAAGUGUUACCUUGCAAAUAAAAUAAGUUUAUACAGAGUAUACUUUAUACAAAUUCUCUGAGCAGUGUACCAAGGUACAAGCUUUCAAAGCAAAAUAAAUUCUUAAUUUGG